AUGAAAAAGCUUUCGUUCUUUUUCUUAUUUGCCGCGGAGAAAACAGUUUGCUCAAGAAGCUACUACUACUACGGAUAUCACAAGGAGGAUCCUUAUGCAGAGAGUCCUUGCUACUCGGACAACCACAAUUGCCAUCCGACCGAAAAUUGCGUCCCAGAGGGUCAGCAUCUUUACCAAUGCUGCGAUAUGGGCUACAAGUACGAUUACAGCACUCAUUGUCGCCAGGGAAAUCCGCACCCGUGCCUUGAAAAAAAUACCUGUAAUGAUGGAGAGUUUUGCCAUCGAAUCGUCAAGCCAAAUGAAGAAACUAACGAUUACGAGUGCAUCAAAAAGGAUGACAAGUGCAUCGGGGUGGCAAUGUGCACGGAGUUCUACCAAGGCUCCUGUUCGGCCAACAACAAAGAGGAAAAGCAACCAAUCAGAAUCGCUGUCAAGAGCGUUGACGACUGCUACAACGAGUGCAAAAACAACGAGGAAUGCAAGGGCUUCGAUUUGGACGAAAAAGGUGGCUGUCUUCUUGCGUUUCAAGAUUGCCGCGAGAAGGAUUUAGACAAACACCCAAUUUUCGAAAAAUACUCGGAUCACAAAGACUUCUAUUAUUAUUAUCAAGAAUACUACUGGAAAGACCAAAGCGUAGAGAAAAAGCAGCUCUCUUACACUUAUUACCCAAUGAAGGGAUGUUUCACUCCAGAACGGGAUGAAGACUGCGACAAAACCCUCGCUGAUCAUCUUGAGGACAUUUACUUUGAUCUUCUCGGACGAAUGGACAAGCUAGCGCCGGUUUUUCUCGCCCAAUUCGCGAAAAAGAAAGAUAGAGAAAAUGAAGAGCGCGAGUUUCGGAAAAAAGUGAUUAUGCUUGUGACAGUACUCGGCUCGAUUCUGGUUGUUCUAGCGUUCAUUUUCGUUGUUUUUCGGAUCGUAAGAAGCAGCCGAAAAGCUGACCCAGGAGUCCAAAUGACUGAAAAUCGACAACAUCAUCAAAAUCCGGCUCCGAUUUCGGAUUCAUCUGUUACUGGCGUUGUUGCUCCUUUUCCAUUCAACGAUUCCGCUCCAACAUACUCCGAAAUCGACGAAUUUGGUUCAAAUGUAAAUCUCGCCAAGUCUUUUUAA